AUUUCCUCUUAUUUUUAUUAAAGAAGGAGACGUUUCCUCGUUUUUCAGCUGUUUCUAUCUUCUGACACCCAAAGGAGAGAGUUUUUUUCUUCUUUUUUUAAACAGCCAUCUCUCCCUUUCUCUCUCUUACAUCUCUUCUCUGAUAGGAAGGAACGUGCCUGCAUCUAAUGAUGAGGAAAGGAGGGUCAAAUCACUGAAACUUCAUUUCUUUUGAUUCAUUCGCAGACAGACAGAGAGAGAAAGAGAGAGUUUCAGGGAUUGAGUCUGACAAGUAAAAACCUCUGUCCAUGCCAUCAGAUGAUAUCGCACGUGCAACUAUAUCCGCAUCAUCUCUCAGGAGCUCUGUAACAAGGCGGGCCGGUGCGUUGUAAAUCUACCGAUUCGUCUUGCCAGUAAUUCGAUACUGGAAUGGGCUGAAACUGCAAAUUGGAAUUUGUAACAAGAAAGAGAUAAACGGAUCAGAAAAUCCAUGGCUACUUACUACCAUGGCGGUUCGGAAAUUCAAUCCGACGGACUACAGACCCUGUAUCUGAUGAAUCCAGGGUAUAUCGGGUACUCCGAUCCGCAGACGCCGGCAAACAUGGUCUUUCUAAAUUCUGCUGGAAAUCCAUUGAACGGUGGGAACCUCUCCCACCCUCAACAGCAGAGCCAGCACUUUGUCGGGAUCCCGCUCCAGGGGCCGCCAUCAGCACCUCCCACAUCUCAGGAUCCUGGCCGUUCAUCCAUCCACAACCCCCAGCACGACAUGCCUGGUGUCCACGGGUUCAUGCCCCGCCUCCACUACAAUCUCUGGGCAGCCUCUGUCGAUCCUGCCCACCAGAUCCCGCCUCCCGACAUGACGCCGCAGCUGGGCCUCCGCCGCUCCAUGGGCCCAGCUACGACACACUCCGCCCAGCAAGGACUGUCACUCAGCCUCUCGCCGCAGCAGCCAGCGUACGCCGCUGCGGCGUACCGGUCAGAACCCGAUAUGCCUGCAGCACCAGUCCCACCACCAGCAAUAUCCCCUACGAGCGGUGAUGAUAUGCGAAUCUCGGGCGGCUUGUCUUCGUCGGCAGCAUCGGCGGUCUCGAACGGAAUUCCCGGCUUGCAGAGUGUGCUGAUGGGAUCCAAGUACUUGAAGGCGGCGCAGCAGCUACUUGAUGAAGUGGUCAGCGUCGGGAAGGGAAUCAAAGGCGAGACGAACAAGGCGAGUAAAGGUCAGAUGAAGGCUGGUAAGGAUCCGAAGACGGUAGCGGCAGCGAUGGAUGCUUCUGGUGGAGGUGGUGAGACAAGCGUCAAACGCUCUGCCGCCGAACUCACCACCGCUGAAAGGCAAGAACUUCAAAUGAAGAAGGCAAAGCUGGUUGGAAUGCUCGACGAGGUGGAGCAAAGAUACAGGCAGUACCACCACCAGAUGCAGAUUGUUGUCUCGUUGUUUGAAGCUGCGGCUGGAUUUGGGUCGGCCAAGACAUACACUGCUCUUGCCUUGCAGACAAUCUCGAAACAGUUUCGAUGCUUGAGAGACGCGAUUGCAGGGCAGAUUCGAGCAACGAGCAAGAACUUGGGAGAAGAAGAGUGCUUGGGUGGGAAGGGAGAAGGGUCGAGAAUGAGGUUGGUGGACCAUCACUUGAGGCAGCAAAGGGCUCUUCAGCAGCUGGGAAUGAUCCAACACAAUGCCUGGAGACCCCAAAGAGGCCUUCCUGAGAGAUCUGUAUCCGUUCUUCGCGCAUGGCUAUUCGAACACUUUCUGCACCCGUACCCAAAGGAUUCAGACAAACAUAUGCUGGCAAAGCAAACGGGGCUUACUAGGAGCCAGGUCUCCAAUUGGUUUAUAAAUGCUAGAGUUCGACUCUGGAAGCCGAUGGUCGAAGAAAUGUAUCUAGAAGAAACCAAAGAACUUGAACAGAAUGGCUCCGAUGAGAAAACAAGUAAGAGUGAAAUCAAUGAAGAGCCAGCAUUGAAUUCUGCUGAUCCUUCUCAACGUCGGCAGAAUAGCCCUACUUCAUCCGAACACAUUAACAACGUCAAAACCAAAAUGGAUAAAGGUGGUGAUCCAAACGGUCCUCUUGCUCCAAACUCUACUUCUCCGAAUCAUCCUCCAACGUCGAACAUGGUCAUGGGAAAUGGUCGCUCCCAAGCUUGCUUCUCGCUCAUUGGAUCGCCAGACACACAAGCUAGUUUCCAUGAUAAGGAAGGGAAUGUAGAAGGGAACCGAAAGAAGGCAAGGAACAAUGAAUUGCAAUGCUCAGACAGCUUGACAUCGAUGAGUGCAGAUACAGACAUGAAAUCUGAUGACACCAACAACAGGGAAUUCUAUCUGAAGUUUGCGAAUGAGCGGCAAAGCCGCGAUGGAUACUCUUUAAUAACAGGUGGUGCACCGAACAAUGGCGGCGGAGGAGGAGGCAGUGGUGGUGGCUUUGGAGCUUUUCAGAUAGGAGAGUCGGGGAGAUUCGACCCAGAGCAAUUCGCGCCUAGGUUCUCUUCUGGCAACAAUGGGUUUUCUCUCACUCUUGGACUCCCACACUGUGAGAAUCUCUCUUUGUCAGGGACACAACCAACCUACCUUUCCAACCAAAACAUACAGCUUGGAAGGAGGCUGGAGAUGAGUGGCGAGGCUAAUGAUUUUUGCAGCUUGAACGCUCCGUCGGCAGCUCACUCAGCAGCCAAUGCCUAUGAAAGCAUCAACAUUCAAAACAGGAAGCGGUUUGCAGCUCAGCUGUUGCCGGACUUUGUAGCUUGACUUCACCAUUGCCACCACUGGUUCUAUACUUCCACCUAUCUUUUUCCAUGACUUUGAGGAGGUGACAAAGAAUCCCAAGACCAGUUCUUUAUUCAAAGUCAUUUUGGAUUAAAGAGAAGAAGAAGAAGAAGAGAAGAAGUAGAAAAGAAGGAGAAGGAGAUGGAGAUGGAGAUGGAGAAGGAGAAGAAGAAGAAGAAGAAGAGAGGAAGAUUUAAUAUUUCAUGGCUAUCUCCUUGUCUUUAAGGAGAUGCAAAGCCUAGUGUAGAAAUAGAAAAAGUUACCAACUACAGUUUAUUAUCAUACCGUAGGGUGCAGCUGUUUGUAUUUGAAUACAAUUAGAAGUUGGAGUUGUUGAAGGUGAGGAGUGUAUAUUAUUUUUAUGUACCUUUUGGGAGACAGAUAUCAAGCAAAGACAUACAUACAAAUGGGUUGUGGGGAUUAAGGCAUUUGUAGAAUAUAUAAAUCAGUGUAUGCAUGUAUGGAUAUAUACAUACACAUGCAAUUUGGUGAUUA